AUGAAAGUGCCAUUUGAUAUGUUGGCAGUAAUUAAUUCUAGUACAACACCAUUAAGAAGAUUAUAUGAACAUUUUCAAAGGAGAAAAUUGAUCUGGAUAAUAUUUCUCAUUAUUUGUGUUGUUUCAACUACAGUUGUUGUAACAACUACCAUUUUAUCGAACAAAACUGAAAAAGAAAAAACAUCAACAACAGUAACAACAACAACAACAAACGAACAAUUACCUCCUUCAGUUAUCAUUAGUAGCAAUACGAAAUGGAAACAGAAUGCAUCUACUGUUGCUGGAGGAAAUGGACGGGGAAAUGAAUUAAAUCAAUUAAAUGCGCCUUUGGGUAUUCAUGUUAAUAAUGAUAAUUAUAGUAUUUACAUUGCUGACACUAAUAAUCAUCGUAUUGUUAGAUGGGAAUUUGGUGCAGACAAAGGUGAAAUAGUUGCAGGUGGAACUAGACCAGGACGUGAACUAUAUCAAUUGAAUUAUCCAAAGGAUGUAAUUCUUGAUAAAGAGAAGAAAUAUAUCAUUAUUUGUGAUCAUCGAAACCUACGAGUGACACAAGUCAGACGUUGGCGACAAGAAGACAGUGAAGGUACAGUUAUAGCAGGUGUAAAUGUAGAAGGAAGUCAAUUGAAUCAACCUAGGUAUAUCUUUGUUGAUGACUAUUAUUCUGUUUACGUAGCGGAUACUACAAAUAAUCGUGUGAUGAAAUGGAUGAAAAAUGUGAUUGAAGGCACUCUUAUUACUCCAGGAAAAGUUUCUGAAGAAAAUCCCAGUUCAAUGUUUCAACCCGUAGGUAUGAUUGUUGAUCAAAUGGGCAAUAUUUAUGUGUCGAAUGUGGGAAGUCAUCAAAUAAAACGUUGGUCGCCAGCAGGCCUGCCAAGUGCUAGCUCCUAA